AUGGAACUGCCACGAUCGACCGAGGCCUUGACCAAAUUACUCCGGUCGAAGGAGAUAACUACGGGUCAGAUUUAUGAUAUAGUUCGCCAAUUUGAUCAUCUCGAUCUGUACUUCCCUAACAGAGAAAACUUUAUCCUAGAGCUUUUAAUCGAUAGAUGGAAUGAUCAGAAGCUGGUAGAGUUCAAGAAAGACCACAAGAUGUGGGAAUUGUUCAAUGAUAUGUGGAUUGGACUCGGAGAUGAUGUGAUACUGAAAAAAAUGUUCAAGAGGUUGAGGUUUGUGCCACACUUGAUCAAGUCGUUGGAGUUAGUGGAUAUUGAUGUUAUUGAAUUCUUAAAGGCCUUGAAGCAGACUUGCUCCUUGAUUAACUCCAUUGUCACCGUCGAUGUUUCGGUCGAGAAUGCAAACUCGAUACUUGGGAAAGCAGUCAAAUUGGUCUCACAAAUGGAAGUCGACUGCACGUUUAGGAGCCAAUUUUUGGAAGAGAUUCAGAUUUUAGCGGACCUGCGGAACAUACCAGAGGUAUCCACAAAAUUAUCAAACAGUUACUGUGAUGAAGUACUCUUGCCAUCCCUCAAAUACACCUGCAAAUUCGAAAAUGAGACCUACGAUCCUACCAUAGAGUCUUUGGCCAAGCUUUUAGAAUUCUUUGUAUUUUCUCCUGCAGUUGACACAGUUAAACUACUAACCAAAUUUGCUGAUACUUACGGCAACGAACUACGUGUGGAUGAUACAUUGAUUCUUUUCAAAAAAUCUAUCUCCUUCAUGUCAAAGGAGAAUUUUUUGCAGCUAGAAAAGGUUUUCACCAUAAUGACUAAACUGCAUCCAGAGCUUUCACCUACGUUGCUGAAGGAACUUUCUCUUUCAAAGAAGACAAUGUCAAGAGAGUUCCUCGAUAAUCUUUUUGAUGAGGCACUUAUUGCAUUUAAAGGUCAACAGGAUCCCUCUAAUUUGUGGCAAAUGAUCUUUCACAUCCUUGAUCUCGACAUAGAAGUUGGUAUUGAUAAUAAUGACAGAUUACUGGACUUAAUUACUGGGGAAAAAGAUCGAAAUUUUGAAUGGACUGUCAAAUUAUGGACAAAACUAAUAAGUUGUCAUUCUGAUGCAAGAGAGUUGCCACAGUUCUUGGAAAAAUUGGAAGUCUAUUGUAGGGAAAACGGAAAGUCUUCACAUUUUUUACUCACAGAUAAAGAUUUUACUGAAGCCGUUUCAACCCGAUCAGCUUCCUUUUCGAUCUCUCAGUAUAAAACUGCGGUAUCAAAACUUUUGGAUGAGUUGGAGGCGGAUAGUGAAGACUUGAUCAGUCUUUUCUUACUAAAAAUGUUGUUGCAGGGCUUAACAAAAUUGCCCAACGCAUCUGUUAACGAUGUGAAAGGACCACUAAAAACGGUAUUCAAGCUCAAGGGUGGUAAAAACCAGUCGCAGUUUUGGCAAAUUCGAUAUCUCAUCAUGGAGGUAUUUGACGAUAUCCUUCCAGAUGAAAUUCUUGGCUCAUCAGAAAAUGAAAUCCAAACAUCGAUUGUGAAUAACGAAAGUCCUAUGGAUUUACUAUACUACUUUUUCAAGCUCAGAGAGUACAAAGUUUUUGAUUUAACACCAAUUGUUAAUGUUUUCAUGGGAAAUGUCCGUCAAUUGGCUCCCGAACAGCAAUCUCAGGUUUUGGCUAAUGUAUUCACGAACUGGAGCACCAUUAUAAACUCACUCUUUCCAAGCAAUGAGAUACAGUACCUCGCUGAAUUACUGUGCACUAAUCGCAACAUUCACAUCCUCGAGAAUCUUUUUAAUGACGAUGAUAUUUUUGAAGAAAGUAACGUCAUGCGUUUCAUUGUUUCCAGACUAUUCAACUCAUAUAAUGAUGAAAAGGUGGCCAGAUUAAUUUUGACUAUACCAAUACAAUGCAUUAAUAAGACAAUUAGAGUUGAACUGAUCAAUGGCAUCAGUGAUAAAGCACCUCUAACUGACUUAGAUUUGUCGGUUAUGGUUCACCUACUAGAAAACCCCACUUUCAAGUCUGACAUUGAAAGCAAUUGGAAAAGUUUAGCAUCAUUCAUGGAUCGCAAUAUGCUAGAAUUCACGUAUGAACAGCCAGUUUUUGAGACAAUAUGGAACAACCACUUAUCUCAGAGAAAAGAAGCUGUCAGUCAGGAAUUUCUAAAAGAUGGAAUUGCAAGUUUGAGUGCUAAACUGGAGAAGAACGGGUUGGAUUUAGCUAUUAUGAAGAUGGCGUUUCUAGUUAUAAAGAUCGGCGGCAAGGGUGAGAACAAAGAUUUGAGGAACAAAUACAGUCAAAGAGUGUUAGAGCUUAUUGUAGGCGAAUAUGUUGAUACUAAAGAUGUCAAGAUUUCGUCGUGGUUAUUACGCACCUUAUACUAUGUCAUUGACCGUGAUCAGAUAGACUCUCCUAAAGUGACUGCAAUCCUUUCGGCCUUCAUAAAGGAUCUAGGAAGUGCAAUAAGAGAGGCAGACCAAGAUUUACUGGCAAGUGUAUUCUUAUUGUUCUCGGCCUUGUACGAUGAUAAACUCGAGUACAUAUUCGCCCACUACAUGGUUCUGCGAGAGGCGAGUGUUGACGCUAUCCUGUUAAAACCUGGUCUUGAAGCAGUAAUACGAAGAUCGCUUGAGGGUGGAACUGAAGAUUUCAACCAUGCGCUUUACCUCACCAUAUCAUCUUUCGAACUCUGUACGCCUGUUUACGCCGAAGGUCUGCUUGAGUUAUACCAGGUCCAACUCGAACAUCUGGGCAGAGACAAUGUUGUCGGAUCUCGCCUCUUCGUCAAGUCGCUGUCUGCUUUCUACACAAACUCUUCCAAGUUUGAAUGUGCGAGAAAUAGCAUACUUCAGACUUUACAGUGCAUAAAUGGUCUAUUAACCUCAAAGUCAUGGAUAUUCUCGCAGUAUUGCGUCGAGAUGCUUUUUCCAAUGUGUUUGAAAUUGAGCUUGAAUUCUAUAAGAGCCGCUGAAGGGAGUGAUGAGUUUUUCAUAUCAACAACGAAGCUAAUUUCCAACAUUCUCUUCAAUCAUCGAAUGAAGUUGUCAAAUCGUCACCAUCUUGUCAUUGCAUUAAUUUCCGAGUACCUUGAAUUAUUAUCCAAUCAUGAGGUUACUAAGCUAUCAAGCAGCUCGUCAAGAUCACUCUCAAGACUGAUAAUUAAUUUCUGCGAGCCUGUCAGUGGUCCUGUGAAAGGCAAAAAUACACUAAACUCUAAAGUUAGUAUGCUCAAAAGCUCUUUGCGGAAACAUGUUCCCAUACUACUCAUCAAAUAUGUGCAUUUGUCAAUUAGCUCUCCUUUUGAGCCAAGUUCUCGUACUGAAUUGACGACUGCGAUGUACUCAAUAUUUGAUCUACUGUCCCAGAAUGAGCUUGGUCUGGUUAAUGCAGCCUUAGACAACGCUGGGAGACAAUACCUCAAAGGCCUAUACGCAGAUUACAGAAAGACAGGAAGGUGGCAUGCAGACUAA